UCACAGGGACUGUGAGCUGGAGUAUGUGCGAGGCUUUGUGCUUAAUGUUUGCCUCUCAGAAGAAUGAAUGAUGAGAGGACUAGAGUUUCUUCUUCUUCACUGGAGGAUUUUAACUGGAUUUUACCUCCACUGAGUAAACGCUUUAAUACUGGAUUGUUUUCCAUUUAUCAACCUCUGAGUGCACAAUUGCUCCAUGGUGUCUAACAGUGGAAAUGCUGGAUAGUUUCCAGGACAUGGUUUCCUAAGCAGCCCUACCACCUACACAUCAAAAGGGAUAAGACCAGUCCAUCCUGGGCCAUGACUGCUCUGCCUCCCAACGUCAGUGUUCCCGGGAGUACAGCAGUUCUGCUGCUGACCACAGCUACCGAGGCAGGACUCGGUUCAGGCCAGUCACUGGCCCCACUCUGUACCCUUUGUUGCUGUGGAUUUCUCAAUCGCACCCUGGCAGUGGUGUUCAUGGUCAGCCUGGCAUUUGCCAUCGUGGUUGGAAAUGUGGUCACCCUUACUGUCUUUGUGCAAACGAGGCAGUCCCGAACACCACAGGGAUACCUGAAAGUGUCUCUGGCCAUAGCAGACAUGAUGGUUGGUGUCCUCGUGGUCCCUUUUUCUGUCUACACCGAGAUCUCUCUGAUGGUGGCCAGCACUCCUCCCAUUUGGUACCAGGGCAGUUUUACUUCACCAGCCACCUCCUCUCGUCUCGGGGGACUAGUGAGCCCUUGGCAGCCCUGCAUGCUGAUUGGCCCGGUGUUUGCUGGAUGCACCUUCGUCUCCAUCAGCACCAUCUUCCUCAUGACACUGGAGCGGAGUGUGGCCAUCCUAAGGCCGCUCCACAAGGACACCUUGGUUACCCGGAGACGAACUCUGCUCCUCAUCUUCCUCUCGUGGGCUGCCAGCUUCCUGCUGGCUCUUGCGCCUCUCAUCUUCAGCAGCAACUUUAUUUUGGAGUACAACGAGUGCAGUCGUAUGUGUAACUACAUCCCACUAUUGUUCGGAAGCCGGCUGCCACCUGAUGCAAACAUUUUGCUGUUAUUCCCAACAUUUGACUUCACACUGCUCGGUGGGACGUUAGCAGUUAACAUUGUGUCGUUCACUAGCAUCCGGCGGUAUACCAGGAAACGCAAACUUCUCUCAGAGGGUAGUCUGACUGAGGGUGGGGCAGUAGGAGGAGGGGGAGGGUGCCCUCACAGGCCUUCCUUUUCAGACAUCAAAGCUGCAAAGACAAUUGGCAUACUAACAUUCGCCUUCACAGCAUCCUUCACUCCCAUUGCAGUGUUUGUGCUCGGGAAUGUGGUGGGAUACACCUGGUGUAACUUUUCCUUUUUUGCCUUCUGGAUCCUGACAGGAAACAGUUGCUGUAAUGUAAUUAUCUACAGUGUCAGGGACCGCCGCUUCAGGAAAGGUGUGACCCUGCUUUUUCGGCGAGACCAGUCCCCCCCACACAGCGAGAAGAACUAAGGGAGGCGUGAACUUAAAAGCAACACGUGUAUUGUAGCUACUUUGCAGUAAAUUUUAUUAUUACUUUAAAGGAAUAGUUUGACAUUUUGGGAUGACAAUGGAUUAUGUGUGUGUGGUAAAUACAUAUCUUGUGUAGUUGUAAAGGUUUUACAGGAGGUUAUUAGCUGGACUUGCAAGAGCACACAACAAUCCAUCUUGCUCGGCUUCAUGCAUGAAUCUGUGUGCGAACACAGUGCUUACUGUACGAGUUACUAGGAUGAUUUAACGCUGAGUCUGUGUGAUAGCUCGUGUGAGAAGUAACGGGUAAAGAUGUUAUUGAGGCUUCUAGCAUCAGUUAAUUAAUUCAUUCAUCAGAGCAUUUCUUCAUUGAGAGCAAAGUACAGCACUGAAGGCUUUUCUUGAUGGAUAUGAUGGGUUUUCUCUUCUUCCUGACUGGCUUCAGUGAGAGUUUGGCUAUGUUAUAGUUCAGUGGUACUAGAGACACAGAGCUGUCAUACCCUGAAAACCACACCCACCAGAGGGGAAAGCGAUUAGUGCCACAGUAUGCAACCAAGAACAGAAACCUAUGAUAAAUUAUGAAUCUAUCAUGACACCAACCAUUCUUUUGUGGACAACUGUUUUGACUUUUCGAGCAGGAAUAAUGUCAACCUGCCUGCUCACAGACUUCCUUGUAUUACAGCUAAAAAUGACAUAAAAAAUAUUUUUAUGAAAACAUCUGAUGGAAGAAAUAGGCAAUGUAGUUGGUUCAUAUUUGAUCAACGCUGCCCAGUUUCAUAUCUGGAUCUGCAUUUUGCACAUCAUGUGGAAUCAGACCUGAAACUUGUGAUUAAGAACAUAAAAACGGUUUACUGAGGUAAUAAAUCAAGUGAGAAAUAGCUAUUUUUUAAAAAAUAAACUGUCCUCUAAUUAUACUGUCAAAGGGUGAUAUGCUAACAAAAUGCUUGUAGCUAUUUAACAACAAGGAUAAGCAAAUUGUUUUCCCGUCUGGCGUGGGCACGCCUUAAUUGUGCUCUGUCUCUAAUGGUUGGAGUUCACCUCUGAUAGAUGAUGAAAGACGAUAUGUUUGGCCGAAACACCUACCAUGUAUUUUUGGAAAGUACCUGCCGUGGUGCUGUAUGGUGUAGUCCGGUUAGUGCUGGCUGUCAUUUUUAUUUUUUUUAUAUAUAUUUUUUUUUUUAUGGAUUAAAGCGACAUUAUGUAACUUUGACAUUAUGUCAGUCCCACUCUACGCCCUGUAUUGCUGUUUUUAUGCCAUAUAACACACAAGCUCCAGUUUAAGUACACCACUAAGUCACACCUCUUGACCAACAACUAUUUCACUGAUUUUAGCAAAACUGGAUCAUAUUUAAUGAAUGCAUGAAUAUUUUUUCCGUUUUUUCCUUUUUUCAGUUUUUUCAUUUAUUCAUU